AUGAAGCCUGAUUGGCGGGUGGCGCUACUUUUCCUAGGCACCGUAAGGGCUGCCCGGGAAAUGUCCGAGCUUGAGGCGCUUUACCAAGAAGGAACAACCCCGGAUACGACUGACGUUGAUGGAACCAAGGUCGCAACACUCUCACAACCGUUGCCACAAGGCAAGCCCAUCCCCCGCGACACCUGGCAAGUCGACUGUACCUCUGAGGCUGAUGGCCACACCUGCAAGCAGUCCUUCGAUGGCAACAACAGUACCUAUUGGCAAAGCCUCAACACAACCACUGCUCAAAACAUCACCAUCAACUUGGGCAAAGCAGACUGGAACAUCAGUGGUUUGACUGUGGUCCCCAGGCAAGAUCAGCAGGCGGCACUCAUCGAGGAGCACCAAAUCUUUGUUAGUACCAAUAAAGAGGACUGGACCCUGGUCGCAUACGGAACCUGGUGGCCGGACAAAAGCCAGAAACUGUCAGCUUUCCAACCACAAAAGGCCCAAUACCUUCGCCUCUCUGCCUCUGCUCCGAACGGCAUUGCUAUUCAGGAUAUCAAGAUCUACAACUCCGUCUACAUCCAAGCGAACCCCGCCCUCGGCGCAUGGGGCCCUACAAUCGACCUUCCCCUGGUUCCUGUCAGCGGUGCUGUUGACGUACAGACUGGGGAGGUUGUCGGCUGGUCUUCUUGGGGCUACAAUAUCUUCGUCGAAGGCAAAUCAGGCAAGACCCAAACCACAACCUGGAACGGCGGAAAGCAGUCAGUGACGCGCCGCACAGUUGAUGAAACUGAGCAUGACAUGUUCUGCCCGGGUAUCUCGAUUGAUCAAGAUGGAAAGGUUAUCGUGACUGGCGGCGUUGACGCGGGACAGACCAGCAUUUACAAUACCAGCAAUCACGAAUGGUACGAGGGAGGAAUGAUGAAUACCUUCCGCGGCUACCAAGCGACUACCACCUUGUCCGAUGGACGCAUCUUCGUGAUCGGGGGAUCAUGGAAUGGAGGUGUUGGCCUCAAGAAUGGCGAGGUCUACAAUCCUGAGACCAACGCCUGGGAAAAGAUCAAUGGUGCGCAGGCAUCAAAGAUGCUCACCGACGACCAACGGACAUACCGACAGGACAACCACGCUUGGCUUUUUGGUUGGACUGGUGGAUCUGUUUUCCAGGCCGGUCCCAGUGAGAUGAUGAACUGGUUCGGCACGUCAGGCUCUGGCACUACUGCCCCUGCCGGCAACCGGACUGGUGACAAGGAUGCCAUGUGUGGAAAUGCUGUCAUGUACGAGCAGGGCAAAAUCCUUGGAUUUGGUGGCUCUCCAGACUACGAGAACAGCGAGGCCACCAAGUAUGCCGCCAUCAUUGAAAUUGGCAAAGUCAAUGAAACUGCCAAAGUCACUCAAAAUGCCGGUGAUGGUAUGCAGUACAAGCGAACCUUCCACUCGUCCGUUGUCCUUCCGGAUGGCACGGUGUUUGUCCACGGUGGCCAGGUGGUCGGCCUUCCAUUCAAAGAAGAUCAAGCCCAGAUGACCCCAGAGCUGUUUACACCCGAUCCUUCCAACUCCAGUGGAGGCAAGUGGACACCUCUUCUGACGAAUACCAUCGUUCGUGUUUACCACAGCAUCGCCCUGUUACUGCAAGAUGGUACCGUCUUCACUGGCGGUGGCGGUCUCUGUGGAGAUUGUGAAGCCAAUCACUUUGAUGGUCAAAUAUACACACCAGCCUACCUCCUAAAGGAAGAUGGAUCCCCUCGCACUCGUCCCACGAUCAACACUGUAUCAUCGGGUCCUGUUAAGGCCGGCGAUACUGUUGAACUCACCACUGAUAGCGAUAUCAAGUCUGCGUCGAUUAUCCGAUAUGGUUCCACCACGCACACAGUGAAUACCGAUCAACGUCGCAUCGCCGUCGAUUUGAAAAAGGCCGAUGGUGAUGGCAACAAGUACACCUUCCUAAUCCCCGGUGAGGCUGGUGUCGCUCUACCUGGGUACUAUAUGCUUUUCGUUCUGAAUGGUGAUGGAACCCCCAGCCACUCAAAGAACGUCCAUGUAGUUGCUUAA